AAUACUGUCUCACCCCAUGGCCAUGGUGCCCAAACACAACACAAUGAUAUUUAGUAUUUAGCCCCCCAGGGCAGGGUCUCUCAAUUCUGGGUAGGGGCUGGCUGCGUUCGCAGCGAUCUGUUGCACCUCCCCUUCUCUCCUUGUUCCUUUCUUUAUUUGUGCCUGUCUCGUCUCACUCACUCGUUUCUCAUAUCCGCCCCUUGCUUGGCCUUAGCGCUGCUUUGGCUUGGCCUUGGCUUGGACUGGCGCUGGCGCUUCUGUGACUGUAUUUGGGAAUUCUGCAACAGGACCCGUGAGAUGCCGUGGCGUCUCUACCUGCUCCUUCCUGCUUCUGUGGUGGCUUCUUCUUCUCUCCCUCACCUCCCCCUUUGCCACCCGGUACCUGAUGUUUUUCGGGGCUAAUUCUAUUUGUCUCACGUGUGGAGCAUGCAAAUUCCCCGUGAGCUUGGCUUCCAUGGACAGGUUGAAAAUGGUUGCAUAGGAUGAUUGUCGUUAAGUGAAUUACCAUUUUACUUGAUGCUGCUCUCGAAUAGAGCUCACGCAGGUCGCGGAGUGUAAUUUGUGCGAAAUGAAUGCUGCUCAGUUCCGACUUUAUGUUUUGGUCUUGCCUUGAGGAUACACGUGUUAGAUCUGAGUUUUGCACAUGUCUGGCCCUUGGAAAGUGAUAUUACGGUUCUGCAUACGAGCACUAGGACGUCGGAACUUAACAUUCAUUACUACGGCGAAGCUGCCGUGGAGAAUCAGUGCAGUCACUGAUUCAAUUGAUUGGAUAGCAAUAUGGGACUUAAGGCUGCCAAUGACCUUGAACUGUAGAGUUCUUCGCAGUGAGAGGCAGAAGCAGCGGCGUGUGCAAAAGCGCAGCAUGAUCCAUGGAUAGGUGCGAGUGUCCAAGUGGAGACGGGUCGGUGUCAGUACCCACUAAAGGGUCGGAGCUUACAAAAGGGUCAGCUGGACAGUUUGUUGAAGGCAAUGAGGGCAGUGCUCACUUUGUGGAGUGGCCAACUUCUCAGUUGCAAAAUGGUCCGGUGGAGCUAAGGGCUAUCCAUUUUUGUACCUUACAAAAGCAAAUGUCAUGUUCAUCCAAGUGGCCUCACGGUUACCAAGCAGCCACUCUGCUGGACCUAAUGACAAUUCGAGCGUUUCACAGCAAAAGCUUGCGAUGCUACAGUUUGGGGUCUGCGUUGGGGUUUCGCAUCCGUGGGGGUGUGCAGACAGAUAUACCAGCCAUUAUUGUCUUUGUCGCUCGCAAGGUUCAUAGGCACUGGCUGUACGAGGCUCAGGAACUUCCCUUGAUCCUUGAAGGUCCGGGUGGGAUAUGGUGUGAUGUGGACGUGGUCGAGUUCUCACUUUUGGGGCCGCAACCGCCACUAGAGCCAGUGCACACGGAGCUUGUGGAGGGCCUUCAAGGUCGCGACGCAACUAUUGGAUCAGGCUCUCAAGUUGCAUGCUACGAGCUUUACGGUACGCUUGGUGCAAUCGUUCGAAGCCGGACUGGUCUCUGUCAGGUUGGAUUCCUAACAAAUCGACACGUCGCCGUGAGCCUUGACCAUCCGGUUCAAAAGUUGUUCUAUCCUCUUCCACCUCAUCUCGGGCCAGGAGUGUACCUGGGUGCUGUGGAACGUACUACAACCUUCAUACGAGAUGAUCUAUGGUAUGGCGUGUUUGCAAGUAUGAAUCCCGAAUCAUUUGCGCGAGCCGACGGAGCUUUUAUUCCAUUUGAUAACAAUCUAGAUGUGAGGAACUUCGUGAGUCCAUCUGUAAGGGGUGUGGGCGAGAUCGGUGAGGUGAUGUCUGUGGACUUGCAUGCCCCACUGAAUAGCCUGAUUGGUAAGCAUGUGAUCAAAGUCGGCCGCAGCUCAGGUGUCACUAAAGGCUGCAUCUUUGCAUAUGCAGUAGAAUACAACAGCGAUAUAGGGCACUGUUUUUUCAAUGAUUUCCUCAUUGUGAGCGAUGAUGGUCAGGCAUUUGAGUCUGAAGGCGAUAGUGGAAGCUUGAUUUUGGUAACAGGAGAGGCUGAAGGGAAGCCACGACCGAUUGGAAUGGUUUGGGGUGGCACCACUCACCAGGGUCGUUUAAAAUUUCAGAGCUGGAAGGAGCCAGAGAAAUGGACAAGUGGGGUUGAUCUGAGUCGCCUCCUGGACUCUCUUGAGCUCAGCAUCGUCUCAUCGAAUGAGGCCCUUUGUGAGGCACUUGAAAUGCAGCGUCAAUGUCUGGCUGCUUCACUUCAUCAACCACCCUCGUGUUUGACCAUCCGCUCCCCUCUGAGCACAAUGUUACAUGUCAAACAUGCACUUAAAAUGGACAGAGGAUUUCUGAAGUUCGAUUUUCAUGACGCAGUAAAGGACACGGUGCCCUCAGAAACGUUGAAGGAUUUGCUUUCUACAGCUACUUUUGAAACAAGUGCGACGCAGGCAGAUGCAAACGAACAUCCUAUGCUAUCUACCUCAAAGGAUGCAUUUGAUCCCAGCAGCCGGCAAAUCCAGUCCGUGCGGAAAAGUGGAACAAAUUCAUUACAUUUUAACACUUACGACCCUUUUGAGCUUUCACUCUCAAGUCCGUUGUCUGGGAUUGAACAAUGCAGCAAUCACUCGGAAUGGCCUCAAAGGAUGAUCAAAGCUUGUCAAUUGUGUUUUCAACAUAGAGCGAAAAGGACUCGUCAAUUGGCCGAUUCCGGAUUUCUCGAACCCAAUUCAUGACGAGUGGACUAGUGGAUGGUUUUGAUGAUGUACUUUCAAAGAGAUUUGCAGGCCGGUGUUCAUCUGCAGGGUUUGAGUUACGCCAAUACUUCAUGAAGGGUGCUGUUCCUUUAUCUUAGACGUCAGUUGCAGAUUUAUUGGUUUAAAUCAUUCCCCAGUUCGAUAUUGGUGCAGCGCUUGUGAUUCAUCUCUCUCAACUCAAGAGGAGUACUUGCUAUUCUCUGGACAAGAAGCUUUUGUGACCAGUAACUGUAGUUUAGAACACCUCAGCCUGAGGUUAACUGCGCUUCAAACGAAGCACUGAAUACACGACGUUACGCUGUUGCUGAUUUUAUGAUGUUUCCUGCGACGGGGAGUAGUCCGGUUCAACGAUAGGUACUUAACGAAGACAUUUGCUCAUUGAACGGAUUGGCAUCGUAUCAGAGUUGCUGAGGUUUUUGUUCUAGUGGCACCCUCUGUUUCUUAAUGUGCUCAUCGUAAUACUGGUUGUUCAUUUCGAGCUGAAAGCUGAAAGAUCUGCUUUUCUUCAUCUAUCCAGUGGCUCUAACCUUUCUGAUAGCAAGUUACUGGAGUGCCUUGUUAAGAGCCUUAUGCGACGUCCAAAACUGGACAUUUUGAAUGUGUCGAGGGAUAUCUACUUUUUUUAGAAUGUAUAAUGGCGGAAAGAGUGGGGGCUUUUUCCAGCUCUGUCGAGUGUUGAUUAAAUGCUUGAUACAAAUUGGGGAUCUGUCCAAUUGUAGUCUAUGAGGAGAUUGCAGGAGCUGUAAGUGGCAGAUGGUUUUUUUUGUUAUGUCCAUGUUAUAGUAUAUCCUACGGUAGCUUUGGUGGGUGCAAAUUUAUGGUAUGGGGGACUGCUGAGGCCAUGACAAUAGUCUAUUGGGCUGAAUUGCCAAUCGAGCCAUUAUGUUCCAUAUUUUCAUGUAGUUCAUGAUUACUGGUAUUGGACGCUUUCACAUUGUUGACGGUGAACAAAGGAUUUGAGAAUAUACUAUGAUAAUUUCUUGAGA